UGCAUGAUCAUAUUUUAAUCAUUAAAUCAUGAGUACUCCUCACAUAAGACAUAAAUCAUAAUAUUCUAUUAUUCAAAUGAAAAUUCAAUUUUUAAUAUUUUCAAUUAUAAAAUUACCUUGGUGUUCAAUUUUUUGAGUUCCUAGUAUAAUCUUUUAGGAGUUUGUUAGUAUUUUAAUCGCAUUAAUGUCCAUAUUAUUUUAGUUUUUGGUUUAACUUUUUAAGAAUUUAAAAUAUGGCUGAGUUAGUGUUGGACAUCAAUAUUCGAGGUUGGGUAUUUUUGCCAAUUGUACUGAUCACAUUCCUUGUCGGUGUCAUUCGACAUUAUGUGUCAUUAUUGAUCACGUCUCAAAAAAAAGUUGAGCUGACACAGGUGCAGGAUAGUCAAGUAUUAAUAAGAUCACGCAUGUUACGUGAAAAUGGCAGAUACAUAUCUAAACAAGGAUUCUACAUGCGUCGCCAUUACUUUAACAAUGAAGAGAAUGGUUAUUUCAAGACUCAAAAACGAGCAGCUCCUGCUCAAACAGCUAUGCCUGAUCCAAGUAUGAUGACUGAAAUGUUGAAAGGCAACGUAACCAAUGUUUUGCCAAUGGUGGUUAUUGGUGGUUGGAUCAAUUGGAUGUUUUCAGGAUUUGUCACCACCAAAGUACCAUUUCCCUUAACUCUGCGUUUCAAACCAAUGUUGCAAAGAGGUAUUGAAUUGGUAUCAUUAGAUGCAGCUUGGGUGUCGUCAGCUUCAUGGUAUUUUUUGAAUGUAUUUGGGCUUCGCAGCAUUUAUGCAUUAGUUUUGGGUGAAAAUAAUGCUGCGGAUCAAUCACGUUUGAUGCAAGAUCAAAUGUCCGGUGCUGCAAUGUCAAUGCCUAUGGAUCCAAAAGUAGCUUUUAAAGCAGAAUGGGAAGCACUAGAAAUUAGCUCUCAUAAAUGGGCCCUCGCAGAUCUUGACAACGAAGUGCUUAAUGUAUUAUUGAAUAAAAGUAUUAAGUAGUAAUUUAAAUUUUGAUGUGAACAUGGUUUUACUUUUCCAAGUAAGGUGUACAAAGAGUUGAGUAAUAUGAUUGUUUUUCUUUUUAAAUUAUUAUUUUACUUUUAAAUUAAAUAUAUAAUUAACUUUUUGUGUGGCUUAUUAUGUAGCAUUCAUGUAUUUAAUUUUGGUUUUAUACUGAUUAAAUGUAUAGUUAAAAACAAUA